ACCCAAAAACCCCUUCGCCCAAAAUAAGCAACUAACCAAACACUCUUUUCUCUCUCUUUGUACUUGCAUGGCAACUGGGUUGUUGGGUCAUAAGGUAGCUGAUCUCUGCCUGGGCAAGCCGGCGUUGAGGUCGCUCUCCGUCGUGUCGGCCACCGUGGGAGAAGCCCUGGCGGCGCUCAACUCCGGCGAGGACGACGCCAUCAGCGUGUGGAGCUGCGACCACUCGGUCGGCGGCGAGAACAAAGAAGCAGGGUGCGUGUGCAUUGGGAAAAUAUGCAUGGUUGAUAUCAUCUCUUACCUUUGCGAAGUUGAGGAGAAUCUUUCUUCCCCUUCUUUGGGUCUCGCUGCACCACUCUCUGUCUUGCUCUCUCAGAUCCCUGGCCCCAUUCGCCACCUAGAACCUUCUUCUAGCGUAGUAGAAGCCAUUGAUUUGAUGGCCCAAGGUGUCCAGAACCUCGUAGUUCCUAUAGAGAGAGUAAGGUCAUCAUCCUCAAGAAGGAAAUUCCAUCUGCAAAAGAAAACACCUCCGGCGAUCACAACCCUUCACAACGCCCAGGAAUUCUGCUGGUUAACUCAAGAAGACGUAAUGAGAUACCUUCUAGGCUCAAUCGGCCUUUUCUCGCCUCUCCCGGCGCUCUCCAUUCACGCGCUGGGGAUAAUCGCCGCCGAAUUCUCCGCCGUCGGAUACCACUCGCCGGCGUCAUCAGCUCUGAAGGCCAUUCACCGCUCCCUCGCCGAUCAGACCUCGGUGGCGGUGGUGGACGACGACGGCGUUCUGAUCCGAGAGAUCUCCCCUUCCGCCCUCGCCGCCUGCGACGAGACGGUGGCCGCCGCUGUCGCCGCGCUCUCCGCCGGGGAACUCAUGGCCUACAUCGACGGCAAUUCCUCCAGCAGCCAGUCGUUGAGGAUGAGCAGAAGAGCGGAGGCCAUCGUGUGCCAUCCCGGCAGCUCUCUGGCGGCGGUGAUGAUUCAGGCCAUCGCGAAUCGUGUUAAUUAUGUUUGGGUGAUUGAGGAUGAUUGGAGCCUGGUCGGAAUUGUGACAUUUUCAAACAUCUUGGAGGUUUUUCGUCAGUAUUUGGAAGAAUCUGAGACCUAAACUUCGUCAGUUUAAUGUUAAGUUUGGUGUUUUCAAGGAACAUUGCUUUCUUUCUUUGAGUAUCACAACUCAACUUCAAAAGCAACAUUUUCAAUUUUUAUAGGAAGAGUUAGCAAUUUAGAUUUAAGGCAAAAACUCAGACCAUUUUACAGUCUUAAUUCGUGAGACGGAUUGAAUCUUGAUUAAUGAAGUCAAAGAGGACUGAGACUGUUCGAAUCUUGAUUAAUGAGGUCAAAGAUCUGAUCCAUAAGUGUUACUCUAGAUUUUAUUUUUGGAACUUAUUAAAGUGUGAAAUUAGAGUAUUAUUUGGAAGAAAUAAAAAGAU